AUGAAACGAACAUUUGAUAAUGACAGUGACGAAGCAAGGGAACAACGGCAGAUAAAAAGCAUUCGUACCAUUGAUAGCAUCCAAGCAGUAACGACGACGAUGGCGCCAGUCAAUGACUGCAAUGCCGUUGUUUACGAGACAACCGCCUCCAUAAUCGAGCUAUUAACGAAGCGCGCGACAGCGCACGAGAAACUCGGUCGAGUCAAUGAUGCUUUAGACGAUGCACACUUGAUAAUCGUUCAAUCGCCAACACGUGCACAAGGCUAUCUUUUAGCUGGCAAUGUGUACUCAAAUCAAGGUCGAGAGCGACAAGCUGUACAAAUAUUACAGACAGGGCUCCAGCAAGUAGUAGCUUCUUCCGAACGACAACAACUUGAAUUUCUAUUGGCACGGUCAAAACAUCGACUUGAACAACGUAUCGAUUUCGUUUCAUUACUACCAGCCGAGAUAACGUCCAUGAUCUGGGUAUGGUUAGGGAUCAACGAAAGCCUGGUGGAAGCGAUGCUCGUAUCAAAAACAUGGCGGGCUGCUAUACUCCAGUCACAUCAUGUGUGGCGGACGAUCCGGACCCAUUCCGUUGUUGAGAUAGAUACGGCUAUUGCAACGGUCAUGCCAGUUGUUGGCGAACAUGUACAGCAUCUCAGAUUACAAAACGUACGACGCUAUUACGAUUCACCCCAUCUUACGUACUUCAACUACAUGAUCCAAGGCACUUUUUGUAAUCUAAAAUCAUUGUUAUUGGAUGCACGUGUGGAUGCCAAUCUGUUAUCAAUGGCACUGAGCAAGGUGAAACAUACGUUGACGAAAUUGGAAAUCGUCUACGACAUGUUGUUAAAAGAGGAAGCAAUGGAGGAAAAUGCCAUUUUACCGCUGCCGGACGUCCUGGACAUCUGUCCAAACCUACUUGAACUGAAAUACGUGAUGAAUGGACAGAUGGGACUGACGAGAAAAGAAAGAACGAUACCAACGGUUGCUGCGGCGGAUAUACGGAGGAGCAAUAAUAAUAACAAUGAGGAGGAGGAUGCUAUUCCAUGUGCAAUCAGACGACUGGAUAUUUUCCAACACUUGGUGUUGGAUGACGAAGAGAUAAUCACAGUGAAUCAACUUCACCGGAUAACGCGCCGAUGUCGACACUUGCGUUUGAUCACUUUACGAAACUUCAACAUGGCUUAUCUGGAUAUGUUGGAACGCGACUGUCCUGACUUGCGACAUGUUCAUUUUAUCAAUCACGAGACGGACGUCCCCGACAAUGUUCGUUUGUUGGAUCGUGAUGGCGACCAUGGCGGACUGCAGACAUUGUCCAUUUUGAGCGAUCCUGUCCGAGUACCGACACUUUGGCCCUAUCUGUUUAAGCAGGGCAAAACACUUGAAUCUGUGUCUCUGUUUAUGGAUGCGUCAGCGGUAACAGGCUCGAAUAUGCAGAGCCAUGGCGAUGGUUCUUUACCGGCUGAUCGAGUGCCCACACUCGGCGAACAAGUGCUUCCAGCAUUGAAAAAGCUGGUACUAUUACAACAUGCGGACGACACUACGAACGAAGAAUACACGACAAGUCUUAUCCAACGGUGUCCUAUGUUGGAAACGUUUUCGAUGUUUGGCGGCAGACUCUACAAAAGCUGUUUCCGCGCUUUACGCCAAGCAUCGCAAUUAAAAUCACUUGCACUCCAGGCCACUUCGAUUGAAUCAGGAGGGCUACAAGCGUUCUUGUGUCAUUAUCAACAACAACAACAGGAUUCGUGCUCAUCGUCACUCGGGCUACAACAAUUCCGGGCCUAUUUUGUGCCUGUCAAGGAACUGUGUCUUGAUGCGCUGGCCGACAUUAAAACUUUGGAAAGAAUUCGGAUUAAUUGCUACUUGACUGACGAUAGAGCCUAUCAAAAGCAAGUCUACUGGGAUCCGUUUAUGGUCAAGCUCAGAGACCAUCCCUCGUUACAAGCGCUUGAACUGGACGCAAUAGAAUUUGUCUCCGACAAGGAUUUGAUCGCCUUGGCCGAAAUCAGUUCUUUAAAACGCAUCAUGUUACAAAGGUUGUCCCUGAUUACGGACCAAGGAUUAAAGGCCAUGAUUGAAAAAGUGUCUGGUAAUCAUCUCAAAUGCGUUCAAGUCUUUGAGUGUAUCAAUAUCUCGAAAGAAGCUGUGGAGUAUGCACGUAAAGCAUGUGUGAAACGCGGAGGACAUUUGAGUAGUUGCGUGUUGCAAGCAUGCUGCAUGCAACAUUAG